GACCGCCACAUUUAUGCAAACAAGUUCGCCGAGUUGUUCGCCGAGCAUCUUGAAGUGCCGAAGGUCAAAGGCUAUGUUCAGAAGGUAGUCAGCGAUUAUUCCGACAAACAGUUUCGCAGCAACUUCCGCCUCCCGCGAUCAGCCUGUAACCAGCUGGUCAAACAGUUCGAAGCGUCGGAAUGUUUUCCGUCUGACAGGAACCAUGGCGGUGUGCCCGUCAAAUCGGCAGAGGAGCACAUUCUCUCAUUUCUCUGGUAUGCUGUCAACAAGGCCUCAAUGAGGGAGGUUGCUGUGCUUUUCAACAUGGCAGAGUCUACGCAGUUUGCUGUGAUUGAUAGGGUGCUCGGCUUUCUUUGUGCCAUUGCCCCAGACGUCAUAUACUUUGGAAUGGACAAAGAGGCAUUAGCCAGGGAAUUCGAGAAUCUUGCAGGGUUUCCGAAUGUAAUAGGGUGUAUCGAUGGCACCUAUAUUCCCAUGCGCUGCCCAGUGAACAAGACAAGGUCUACCUAUAUAAACAGGCAUGACCAGGUGUCAUUAACAAUGCAGGGCAUCUGCAACUCCAAAGGCAGGUUCCAAGACGUCUUUACUGGCCCACCAAGCAAGGUUCAUGAUGGUCGUGUGCUGAAACUAUCAACUGUUCAGCAAGAUUUGCCCACACUUUGCCAGGUGAACAGGUAUCACAUCCUUGGAGAUGCCGCCUACCCAAUUAGGGAACACCUUCUUACGCCGUUUAAGAAUUAUGGCAACAUGACGCAAGCAAAGAGCAAGUACAAUACUUGCCAUGCAUCUACAAGGGUAGUCAUUGAAAAUGCAUUCGCCUUAUUAAAGCAGAGGUUUCGUCAGCUUCGCUACAUCGAAUUCACCACAGUUGACAAAAUAACACAGUUCAUUGUAGGAUGCUGCGUGCUCCACAACAUAUGCCUCGACAAUGGCGAUAUAGAUGUGGAGGAUCUGUUGACCGACGAAGAGAGGGAAGAAAGAAGCCAGGAUACACUGCUGCGCAUCAGACAGGACCGCGCAGAGUUGGCUGCUAACAGGCAGCCACAGACUGACCGUGAAAGUGUGCUUCGCCGUCUGGGUGAAUUGAAAAGAAAUGCUUUGGUGGGGCAGCUGUAG